CAGUGUUGAAAUGAGACGGUAAAUGUUGGUAUGUUGACGGCAGAGUAUCAGCAAAAGGUGAGGCAAACGAGAAAGGAAAGUAGCCGCCGGCAAGUUGAGGACUUUGAUACAGGCCAUUGGCCGUUCCAUCAGUGUCCAAAGGACUCGGCUCGGCUCGGGCUAAACCCAUCUUUUGUAUUUCCCGAGUAUCCACGGGAAUGUUGAACGGAUCUGGUGGUAUAAUGGAUGACAGUGCGGACACGGCUGAAGUUGCUGAAGCAGGAUAGUGACGAGAAAAUUCAUACGUAGGGUCGUAUCGUGACCGGCUGCCAGUGCCUGCACGAGCGCCAACCAUCCCUCCAACCAAUCCUUUACUCCCUGUAGUCUUUGACUCCAAAAUGUUGAUCAGGCCAAUUUGGCAAAUAGCCCCCCACGGCGCAAUGUACCCGCAGUUGCCAAUGUCUUCUCUGGUCCAUUUUACAUGAUUCAGAUAGUGAUGAAGGGAAGCCACUGCCGGUAAAAAAUCUCUCGAUCCAGCAAGCUCAACAAGGCGCUCAAAUGCUUCACAAACGAUGGGAUCCAGAGGAACCGACAAAUCUAGUACCAGGCGAGCAAGAUCUUCAAUCUCUCGAAUGUCAUGAAUGUGACGGGCAGAUGAAAAGAUUGGUGGCGGCUCAAGCAUUGUUUGGGGGGCGACCUUGUUGUCCGAGAGGGAAUGGAAUAGAGGUUAUGUCGCGGCUGUUCCGGGUAUGUGUUUGCGGGUACCUUGAAAGUUUAUACAGGUCUGGUUGGUUAGGACGUUGCUCAAUGAGGAUCUGAAUACGACAGGAAACCAAUGAAUAAGUAAGUUCGACCAUAGGCAGAAUAAUGAGGCGUAAGAGGGCGCCGGUCUGCGGUACCUUUUCAAAAGCUAACAAACAAUACUUUCCAAAUCGUUUCAAUGCUGAGGAUGGUGGUGCUCUCUGGUCCGAGGAAUAGGGGUGUUAUAUGAAGGGAGCGGUUGCUGUCGAAUGUUCUGAUUAUACUUGGCUCGUCGAGAAAUGUUGAGAAAACACCGUUAAAGGCACAGGUACAAGUUGAUAGUUAGGAGAGUUGGGAGCAGUCUCGGAACAAUACCCCCAGCGCAUGCCACCCUCGAGUUAAAGAGUGACCCCAAGGAAUGAAAAAAGGUGAACAAAACGAGCGCGUAAUUAUGGGAUUCCCAAAAUUUCGGCCCAUCACUUCCCGUGACAUUUGGAAUAGGGGAGAUUGUUUGUAUUAUCGAUAUGCUUGUUCAGCUUCCCAUGGAAUUUUUGCGGGUCUAUCGGUAUGUACCUUUGAAUUGAACAAGGCCCGCUUCGCGCCGUCAUUCAAUUUCUGGAUUGGGGGUCUGAAGACCUAGACGAGUAGUGAACAGACGCGCGGUUGCUGACAUAAUCAUAUUAUUGAGUUCGAUUCCAAUGCAUUGCAUCAUGUGAUCUUGUUGCUAUGACAUGUACCCUGAGCUCGUUUGCCAACCCUGAUGCGAAAUCCCGUUGGGUAUCUAAAGCGGCUCCAACAAGUAUUUUGCCGUCAUCUUUACUCCAAUUUUCCUUACUUCUGAACGAAUCCACGUAAUUUCUUUACCUGGUUGAAUUCUUAAACCUUAUCGUCCCUCCUUGUCUAGAUUGAGCGAGCAUUAUUGCAGACGCUGUCUCUUGACUGCUGUCUUUAGGAUUAUAAGAGCAUACCACUGACCGCCGCAUCGUACUCGUAUUUCAUACACACAUACCCAUACUACACAAUCGUCAUACCAUGUCCUCAGAAAAUCUGAAUGGCCGACUGGGACAUCUCACUCCCCAGCAAGAGGAGACGCUAGCGCAAUUCAAGAAGGAAUUGGAGGCGGAAGGAUAUUAUGAUCCAGAAAAGAAUGACGAUCAUAGCCUGCUUCGUUUCCUUCGCGCUCGGAAGUUUCUGAUUCCUGCGGCAAAAAAAAUGUGGAUUGAUUACCAGAAUUGGCGCAAGGAAUUUGGAACGGACGACAUACUGCAUAAUUUCGACUUUCCCGAAUAUCCCGUGGUGAAGAAGUUUUAUCCGCGAUUCUACCAUAAAACGGACAAGCUCGGUCGUCCAAUUUAUAUUGAACAGCUUGGCGGUGUGGAUGUCAAGCAGCUGUUUGCGGUUACAAACAUUGACCGGAUGUUGAAGAACCAUGUGUACGAGUACGAGAAACUUGUUCAUUACCGGUUGCCUGCUUGCUCAAAGAAGGCUGGUCGCUACCUCGAGCAAAGCUGUACAAUUCUGGAUCUGAAGGGAGUGUACAUUACCCAAUUCCCCAGCGUUGCAAACUUGGUCAAGCAAGUAUCGACGAUUGCUCAAAAUUACUAUCCGGAAAUGUUGGGCAAAAUGUACAUCAUCAAUGCCCCCAUGCUCUUCACUGGAGUAUGGUCGGUCGUCAAAGGAUUCCUUGAUGAGGUAACGGUCAGCAAGAUCAAUAUUCUGGGUUCAAGCUACAAGUCAAAAUUGCUGGAGACGAUCGAUGAAUCUUCUUUGCCAAAAUUCUUUGGAGGAACUUGCGAAUGUGCUGGUGGAUGCCAACAUGCAGACCAGGGCCCGUGGAAUGAUGGGACGGUGGAAGGAUAUCCACAAGAGGAGUUAGAGAAGUUUAAUCGGCUUUACGGACCCAAUGUGGGGACAGUUGCCAAGAGCUAGAGGAGGAUACAAGCCCCAAAAUUUACAAAUGGAUAUUGUAUCAGUUUAUCAAUACUAUACCAGUAUUGGCACCCGUGUAGAAAGCCGCAAGCUCCAUCAGAGCACUUCAGUAAACCAAUUGUUGACAACAGUAUCUAAUCGUCAUCAGAGUCAUUGUCC